AUUAAAACAAAUUAUAUCCACAUCUUCCUCACUUCAUCAUCACCAUAUUCACUUUCUCCUUUCAUUUGAAACACAGAAAUCUACCCCUCUCAAGAACUCUAAUCCCUAAUCGCCAUUUUUGUACUCUUCAUCUCACAGCGUCAACCGUCGACGAUUCUCUCUCCACCCAAUUCAUCCCCGAAUUCCACAUCCACCGCCAAUGAUUUCCCACCCUCAAUCUUUCAACCAAACACAGACCAACAAUCUGUAACGCAAUCAAACCCACUUUAUCCUCCAACUGGCUCGUUUCCCAUGAUUUAUCUGCCAAAACCGCUUCUUCAUGGCUUCCCAACUUCGAAGAACUUGACACCACCAACAUGCUUCUCUGUCAAAGGAUUAUCUUUUUGGGUUCUCAGGUGGAUGAUACGACAGCAGAUUUUGUAAUCAGUCAACUUUUGUUUUUGGAUGCUGAUGAUCCUAAGAAAGACAUCAAGUUGUUCAUAAAUUCACCUGGUGGUUCUGUUACUGCUGGAAUGGGAAUUUAUGAUGCCAUGAAGUUAUGCAAGGCAGAUGUGUCAACAGUUUGUCUUAGACUUGCAGCAUCCAUGGGUGCAUUUUUCCUUGCUGCUGGUACAAAAGGGAAGAGAUAUUGUAUGCCGAAUUCUAGAGUUAUGAUCCAUCAACCGCUUGGAUCUGUUGGCGGAAUACCAAGGCCUCCUAUCAUGUGGAAUCCACGUUUGUAUAGCGCUGAUGUCUGGGUUGGAUAUAAUGUACGGCAGUUAAGGCGCUACUUUUUAAGAAUCUUUUUAUGAUACAUAGAAGGAGGGGUGGAAGCAGUCAAAAAAUGUAUCACAGUGAAUGGUUGGAUACUAUUAAUUCACAGCCCGAUGUCAUAUCGAUGCAUCUUCUCCCUUGACAUCCCUUUUGUUGGGUAUCCGUUGCAGCGGAUAUGUGAGCCAUACUAUAAAUAUCUACCUUCGUUACAAACCUCCAAUGGAAGAUCUCCAUCAGUUUUUCGAGUUUCAGCUACCGAGACAAUAGGCAUCUAUACUUGGUGAGAUACGGCUUGGUUCUUACUGGAAGCAUCAAGUGAAUACGUGGCUAAGAUUUAGCAUUUCGGUCCAAAACAUAAAUACAAUUCUAGUAGAUGUUGGAAAUAGACCAGUAAUCGGCCUGAGAUUACAAUUGGAAGGGAGAAGAAGCAACUGAUUAGCCAUUCACCUGCAUCACUUGACUUCUCCGCUGAAGACCUUACCACUCGCAGACAAUGCAAAUGCUUAUCUAUCUUGUGACUCAUAGCUGCAACUUCCAUACGAAAUUGAAAUGGAGCUACUUUUCAUAUGUUUGUACUGCGCCUGUUGGAUCACCAGGUUGUUUCUUUAGGUUUCUGUCUUAAGUUUUAGGCCGUGGAACUGAAUGAUAUUUGGAUGUCUAUUUGGGAUCAUGUCAUUGAGCUCAUUUGUGAUGGAAAACAAGUGCUUUGUAGAAACGCCGCUUCUUUUAUUCUGUUAUUACUCCAACUGAUUAUCAUAAUUGGUACUUAUAUGAUACUAACUUUUUCUUCCUUAAUGACAGUGAGUUGUUGUAGAGAACUUUCAGGCAGUACUUGUUUGGGAAGGAUCAAACUGGAAUUUGGCUUACAAUUGUAACACAUCACACUGAAUUAUCUCUUGAAAUUGUAACUCACAUAUUUGUAUUUUUGGCUUUCAAAUAUAGCGUUUUCUUCUCCGGGUUGAUGUUUUAAAGUGGCAUUGGUAGAAAAAGGAUAGCAGAGCUGUUGAAAGUCAGGGAGGGCAUCGGGAGAAAACUGAUUGAUAGGCUUUACUAAAACAAGGAUGCAGAUGACAUUCUUACCCAUGAAUGUGAUAUUAUUAUCCAUGCGCCUUGGGUGGACACAAGGGGUUCAAUCUAUAUUUUCAAGUCAAAUACCA